AAUGCAUAUGAUGAAAAUUUAUACUCAAUUAAAGUAAAAUCUGAAUUGCAAAUUCCAGAUAUAUUACCUCAUCAAGAAAUUGAUGUGCGUCCAUGUAAAAAUGACCGAUUUCGUGAAUUUAAAAUAAAUAAAAAACUGUUAAAACUUAUUAAAAUAUUAGGACAGAUGAACAAUGAAUUAAUAAUAGGAUUAAUAAUUCAAAAUAAUAUAAAGAUGCUUUUAUUAAUGGAUCAACAUGCAAUUCAUGAAAGGAUAAGAUAUGAACAAUUACUUCAUGAAUAUAAAUCACAAAUAAGAAACCAACUAUUUUCUAUCAAAUUAAAAAAUCCUAUAGUUAUACAGCUAUCUGCAAAGAAUUGCAAUUUACUUUUAUCUAAUCAUAAAAUAUUAAAAAGAUUUGGUAUAACUUUUAAUAUAUUAGAUAACAAUAACAUAAUAAUACGAACAGUGCCAGAAUGUUUAAAAAAAAGCAAUUAUAGCGAAUUGAAAUUAAAGUUAAAUAUACAAAAUCUUUUAAACGAAUUAAUACAAAAUUCUACAAAAUAUAUAAACUAUCAAAUUAAUGAUUUACCAAUUACUAUACAUAAUGCAAUUGUAAUGAAAGCUUGCCAUGGUAUGCUCUUUUUUCCUUUUAUAUUUAUAUGUAUUUUUAAUUUCAUAAACAAUUUAACAAACAUCAUAUAAAGUAUAAAUAGAAAAGUUAAUAGAAUAUAUAUAUAUAUUUUUUAUUCAUACAUAUUAUUUAAUGUUAACAAAUAUAUUAUCACUAUCUGAGUAUUUUAGGAGCUAUAAAGUUUGGACAUUCACUAACAUUAAAAGAAUGUAAAUGGCUUUUGAAAUUAUUAAAUGAAACGAAAAUUCCUACUCAAUGUGCUCACGGACGACCAUCUAUAGUGCCUCUAUUAGAAUUAACGAAUUUAGAAACACGACAGACAAAAAUUGUUCAGG